UGCAGUUUGGUCGGGGGGCUUGGUAUGGACUUUUCAUGGUUUACAAUAUAUUUGUUCUAGAUUUAAAGCAAUUUACUGUAACGCGCAUUUGUUGCCAGGGAUCGACCAUUGCGUCAGUACUCCGUGUAUGAAUGGUGGGACGUGCAUUAAUAAGCUUUUAAUGUAUGUCUGCGAUUGCAUGCCGUAUUAUGGAGGAUACAACUGUGAACACGCCCCGUUCCUUGUCUCAAGGUGCCCAACUAGCACAUCUGGCGACAUAACAUAUCAACCAGAUAAAUGGGAGAAAAUUGCCUUUAGAACCAAUAAAGACAUGUAUGUCGUAGCCAUCUGCGUACACGGGGAUAUGACCAAGACAAAGGAGACAACGUUCGACAUAACCUUUCGAUUACGAUACCCUGAAACAACCACUGUGAUAAGAGAGAAGUCUGGACGGUACACUAUCAGUACGGACUACACACUGAAGUGUCCAAGUCUUGUGCCGUAUUUCAGACUGAUAGCGGGCACGACGUACAUUGCCGAGCUACAGGUGGUUGGGGGUGACAUGACCGUUAACAAGCGCGUUGGGUGCUAUCCUGAUCAGGAGUACGACUGGGGAGACGCCCUGUACCCCGACGAAACGGUUCAUAUCUGGUGGUUUGACGUAUCGGCUAGUGAACAGGUUGAUGCCGGAAUCACAAACCAAAACGGGGGUUCAGUUCCAGUUCUGAAAAUGCAAUUCACGACCGUACAAACUUGAGAGCGCAGAUGUGUUCAUUUCAAGUUUGAUUUAAGUUAUACAAACCUAUAUUUGACUGUUUGUAUGAUGUCAUACCAAGGGGAUAGUGUUUACUUACCUUUCUUUGGAGCAGACGGAGGUGACACUGGUCUUGCUCUCCGAGGCUCUAGCUAUCAAGAGCCAACUGUAUAAUGCAAAGACAUAAUUUCUAGGCA